ACUUGGUAUCAGCUAAGGACGUCACAGGCGGGGAGGUCGCUGGGAGAGGUAUAUGUACCGAGGCAUCCCAGCAAAUUGAGCUCACAAUGGCGUUCCCAACCACCACUACAAUCGUUUCAGGCCAACUCUCGACACAAUGACCUUCGUAGAUGCCAUGCGCAAGAUCUAUCGGCCCCUGGGCUUCUCAAAGGGCUACAAUUUUCCCCUGUUCGUCAUCUUUGCCGGUGCCAUGCUAGGCUUCAGUCUAGCCCGCCUGCAGUACCUAAACGUCGCUGGCGACGCCUCGACCAGCUAUAAGAAUGGCGCGCGUCCUGGAGAAUGGUACAUCAUGCGGGGCGGCCACUACCGGAUUGGCAUCACCCUGCACCUCGCUACAGUCAUUCCAGGUGGCAUCCUCUCCGUCUUUCAGUUCGUGCCAGUCAUCCGCAAGAAGCUCAUCCUCUUCCAUCGCAUCAAUGGGUACCUGAUCAUCAUACUCUUCCUGCUGGGCAACGUCGGAGCGCUCAUGAUUGCUCGUAGAGCCUUUGGAGGCGGCUUUGCAACGCAGUCUGCCGUCGGCUUGCUCGCCUUGACCACGACUAUUUCGCUGUUCCUGGCAUACUACAACAUCAAGCGUCUGCAGAUCGACCAACAUCGCGUAUGGAUGCUCAGAGCCAUGUUCCUCUUCGGAACCAUCAUCACCACGAGGAUCAUCAUGAUCAUCGCAGCGCUCAUCCUCACCAAGAUCGGAGACUACUACGAGCUUGUAUCAUGUGCCGAGAUCGCCUUCGCUCGCAGCGUGAGCACAGCAGACGCAGCCUUCCUCCAAGACUACCCCGUCUGUAGGAUUGCCGCCUACACCGCCGUCACCGCCUCGAUGUCAGCGACACCGGGUGUCGAGACGGUGGGCGCAGCCUUGGCAAUUCCCUUCGGUGCGGCAAUCUGGAUGUCCAUCUUCCUGCACCUCGUAAGUCUCGAAAUUUACCUACAGCUCACACCAAGGGAAGGACAGAGGCUGAGACAGUUGAGCUAUGAAAAGCAGCUAGCAAGGGGAUUCAAGCAUCCCGGAAGCGCAGGGUUGACUAGCGAUCGGUGGGGUGAUGCGGAUCCUUGGGUGCCGUUGACUGCUGAGAAGAGAGUAGAGGAGGCAGAGGUGCCAUCAAUAGCCAGCUCAGACUCGGCAGCUUCUUGAUGAGUAGUUACAAUUGCUCAGAUGUCGGUCCUCCCAGGACAGCCGCGUUGGUCUUUCUUGGUCGCUCUCUAUUGUCUUGUAAAUUAAAGAAGUGAAACCCUG